UUGAGCCUGCUGCGAGGAUGCGAGCGCUGGCUGGGGUGGGGACAGGAGCCCCCGCACUCCUGGCGCUGCUGCUGCUGCUGGUGAUGUCCCACUCAGCCUGUGCAGCCAUCCUGGAGGUGAACGGAAACCUGAACUGUAGGUGUGUAAAGACAGCUUCAGGCUACAUCAGCCCCAAGAGGUACGAGAGCAUCGAGAUAAGACCUGUGGGCAGCACCUGCAGGCGCACAGAGAUCAUAAUUAAAUUACAAGCCUCCGGGAAGGUGUGCGUAGAUCCUGAUGCCCCUUGGGUAAAGAAACUGCUGAAGCGUAUUGCUAGCACGAAGAAAAAAUAAGUUUCCUGCUAAGGAAGUUGGUGCUUCAGAGUGCCGAGACGGGCCGGCAGGCGAUGUACCGGUGCGCAGACCCUCACUUUGCCCUUGCUUCCCCCUGUCCCGAAAGCCCUGUGUCCGGCCCCAGCAGUGGGGGCAGCUCGCUGCAGACCCCAGCCCCGCGGCAGGUUCGUGGGGGUGUUUCCCCUCUGCUGUCCAUCCCUGGAUCGGUGGGACCACGAACCCGUGAUGUAUUUCCUUGCCUAUAGACUGCGAAGACUCCCUCUGCCAGGGGCCUCUGCAGGAAGGACGUGGUGACUCCAGGCGCAGCCCCCAUCCACAGUGUGUCACUGGGAUUUUUCCUACACGGUGUGGCAUGUCCUGCCCAGAGAGCUCAAGACAAAUAAAAUCCAGGUUCUUUUCUUCUGCUC